AUGAGUGAUAUUAAAUUCGUUGUUAAUUCUCAGUAUUGCAGAAAUUCGUCUUUAGUUAAAUAUGGAAGUGAUUUUUGUUUCGUUAUCAAUGGUCAUCGAUUUUAUACAACACAAUCACACGCAGUUGUUCUAAGUGAAACAGUUCGAAACAUGUUGAUUACAGAUAAUAGUGCACAAGAGAUUAAUAUUGAUAUUAAUAUUAAUACUGAUAUUAACAAUAAAGAAACAUUUAAUAAAGCAUUAAACAUUUUUUGUAAGUUUGUUCAAGAAGGAUAUGUUUCAGAAAACAUCGACAUCGAAACAAGCGAAAUUAUUUAUGAUCUUGGUGUUCUUCUCAAGAACGAAGAUUUUAUUUCACAAUACAAAUUCAUUAUUUCAUCAACAAUUAUCAGUGAAUCAAACAUCGAAUCAUUCAUCCGAUACAGUCUUAAAACAUGUGAUUUCGAUAAAACAUGUUCAUUCAUCGCAUCUCAUAUCUCUUUUCUUGGACCUUCCAAACUUUGUCUUCUUUUUGAAUCUGUUUAUCAUUCUAUUGCAUCAUCGUAUUUUAACGAAAACAUCGAUGAUUUUUGUUGA